CGUUACAGUGGCGUCAAAUGACAUCGGUUCGUUUCUAGGAUUUUGAGCUUAUUUUGAUGUGCCACCAAAGAAAAAAUAUGGCUUCAUCAGAAACGUCAACGAAAUUGUACGGCGAGAGCCAAGCGGCUGCUUCACCUCCUUCGAGGACACUCAACUUUUCUAUAGCGAAGAUAAUGGAGCCAGACGGCAAACAAAAGAAAAAAGAAGCGGAAAGGGAUAAAAGUCUGACGUUUCCUCACUCUCCCGCAUUCGAAUCCGCCUUUAAAAAAUACGUCCCCAACGUACUCAGAUCUCCAGACCUCCUACAAAACUAUCCUCUAGUCUACUACCAUCCUAGUCAGCUGAUGCUCGGGUCCAUGUCUGUUUACAACUCACCCAUACAAGAACCAAGCGGAAACACGCCUCCUCUACCACCUCAAGUACCAUACAACCCUUCGACCAAAACAAACUCUUUGAAAUCCUCAUCAAAACCAGCAUCGAAUAACUCAAAUUCCUCGGCAUCUUCUCAUACAUUGCUCACACCACCAAAACAAAAAAGCUUCGAGUGUGGGGAGUGCGGGAAGAUCUUCAACGCUCACUACAACCUCACCAGACACAUGCCUGUCCACACAGGCGCUAGACCUUUCGUCUGUAAAAUCUGCGGAAAAGGAUUCAGACAGGCUUCCACACUUUGCAGGCACAAAAUCAUUCACACGUCUGAAAAACCUCACAAGUGUCAUACGUGUGGAAAAGCCUUUAACAGGUCUUCUACUCUAAAUACUCACGCGAGGAUUCACGCAGGGUACAAGCCGUUCGUUUGUGAGUUUUGCGGGAAAGGUUUCCACCAAAAAGGGAACUAUAAGAAUCACAAACUGACUCACAGCGGAGAAAAGGCGUAUAAAUGUACUGUAUGUUCCAAAGCGUUUCACCAAGUAUAUAAUUUGACCUUCCACAUGCACACUCACAACGACAAGAAGCCCUUUACUUGCAGGGUAUGUGGCAAAGGGUUUUGUAGAAACUUUGACUUGAAAAAGCACAUGAGGAAACUACACGAGAGUUCAUCGUCUGGGAUGGACAGCGAAUACAGCUCAACAUCUCAAUCGGGAUCAACAGGAACUGGUUAUCCCCCCGAACGGGAUAUACACCACUUCAUAAGCCCGUUUAUCAGACCGUCAAUGUCAGUCCCUGUAUAUACAUCCAAACUAUUGUGACCCCUGUAUUAAAAACUCCCUCUAAGUUUAUUUUGCUGUUAUUUUUUAACGUAUGAUCAAAAAUAAAAGUAUUAAGCAGGUUCAUAUGGAAAUAUCUGAAAAAAUUUAAAAAUAGAUCAAAGUUAAAAUCAAAAUUCGAUAUCAUCACCUGCCUAAUUAUAUUUAUCUAUGAUCAUGCUAUUUUUUAAAAGCCCCCCAAAGAACUACAGAUCUGCUCCACUGACUUUUUCCCAAACAAAAAAUAAUUUAUGACACGACUAUUGGUUUAAAAUAAAUGCCGCUUUAUGUACAUAGUCUCAUAUUAAGUAUUAUUUUUCCUGAAAGAAACAAAUUUUCAAUAAUUUCACCCCUCAAAACCGGCGCCUAUGCUUCUUGUACAAAAAAACAAUCCUUCGAAACAUAAUAAAGAAAAUCAAAAAUUUUCUGCCGAGCACAGUUAUAAUAAUUUUUAUAUAAUAUUUAUUUCAAACAAUGUGGUGUAAGUAAGUCUUCGAAAUAUCUUGUAAAAUAAUAAUUUUGAUCUCUAAUUUUUAUGUGCAAUAUACUAUAGAUAACGGAGGUAUUUAAGAUCGUGUACUCAUUCUCCUUUUAUUUAUUUAUCCUUUUUUAAUUUUCCCUAAACUUUCUCAAAUUUAUCACUGAAGUUUGAGGCCCAUACAAAGUUUAUGGAAAAAUA